AUGAGCGCAUUAAAUAGCAACCAUCCACCCAACAUCUUCCGGUUGCUCGACCGGGUCGUCACAUUGGCAACACCAAGUGUUACCCCAUCGACCACGGAGGGAUACCACCGUUGUGAUAGGAUAAUAUACGACGAACUCCAACCCCGCAAAUUCGGAGUCGUAGCGCUGCAGGAACUUUGCUGGACAGGACAGAAGGUAUUAAAAAGCGGGCAUCGUGCGGCUACCUUCUACCAGAGUUGUGGCACAACCAACGAGCUUGGAACUGACUUUGUAGUGCUGGGUAAGAUGCGCCAACGCGUAAUCGGCUGGCUGCCGACCAACGCAAGGAUAAGUAGACUGAGGAUCAAGGGCCGUUUCUUCAACUACAGUAUCAUCAACGUGCAUUGCCCACACGAAGGAAGACCCGACGACGAAAAAGAAUCGUUCUACGCGCAGCUGGAGCAAGUGUAUGACAGCUGCCCACAAAGGGACGUGAAAAUUGUCAUCGGAGACGUGAAUGCUCAAGUAGGGCGAGAGAAUUUUUAG